GCCAUCGACAGGGAGUCUGCUCUGACUCCCGUUCCAACAAAGGAAAAAUGCCAAGCAGUAAGGGCAAGCCCACCGAUCCGGAGCUGCGGGAGCAGCUCAAGGAAGAGAUCCAGCAAGAGCCCAACAAAUCCGGGGAUGGAAAGGGGCAGUGGUCGGCUUGGAAGGGAAUGAAGCUCGCCAAAGAGUACGAGGCACAGGGCGGUGGAUAUGAGAAUCAGCCUGGUUCGAAGAACGAACCCAAGACUGGUAAACCGGUAGCAAAGAGCGAGGGAAAGAAGCAUGAGGAGAUGGGUGACUGAUUGUUGUUGAUGUACAGAUUCUAAUCUCGGUAGAAUUUGUUGUAUUGAGGAUGCGUUACCCCUGGCACUACAGACUGGG